CCUCUUUUCUGUUGACGUUUGGCUUUUGUGCCUGUUUCACUAAAUGCGCGUAAUCUUGCUCUCAAAGGCAUCUCUUCCUGCCUGGACUUCGUUUUUUGGUGCCAGCGCGUGACAUGGCAUCGACCCCGAUGUGAAGCGUUUCGAAAAAGACGCGUGAAUUUCUCAGAAGCGCAAGAUUUUCGCCCAAGAUCUUCAAGGUUUUGUUUCCUUUGUCACACUGUCUUCCUGUGCUCAUCUGCGGAGGGUAUUUCCGUCGGUCCGUCUGCUCUGCGUGCUGCUGUUUUCUCACCAGCUGGACAAAAAUCACAUUGACCUGUAUUUCAGAGCCUUGUUGUGAUUUUAUACGAAUCAUUUCCGCGCGCAUGUUAUUAUGCUAGGCUAACAGCCCGAAAUAGCUCGCAGGCUGUUUUGGAUUAGCACCUGCCUGGAAUACUCGAUAAUAUUCGCCUUAAUGUAAAUGUUCUGCAGAGCUGCUUUAACAUAUCAGGGUGCUUUGUCCAUUUCGCUCGCUAAAUUGAUGGUUUUGGUUGUGGUUAAGCUAUAGGGCGUGCAGGCCGAAUUGUGUAAUUCUCCAGUUGAGGCUGUUUUGCAUAGCUGCCAAAAGGAGCUUGAUGAUUGGUUGACCAAUUAAGGGCCCCAGAGCUGCUGUUUCACUGGGUUUGAUUGAAGAGACUGAAGUUUAUUUACUUGUGUGACUUGAACCGACCAAGGAAGGAAAUCAACAAUGUUUCGUUACUUGAAUGAUGUGGAUGACAGCCCGUACAUGAUGGAUCCAUUCGCAGCGCACAGGCACCAGAUGAGGAGUAUGUUUGGGUCAUUCGGGAUGGAUCCGUUUGCUCUCACCCCGCAGAUCCAGCAUCCACGUACACGCAUUCAGCCACAAGCUGGAGCCUUGACCCCCUUUGGCAUGAUGGGAAUGGGUGGAGGAUUCAUGGACAUGUUCAGCAUGAUGAGUGGAAUGAUGGAGAACAUGGAAAGAAUGUCUGGUUCUCCAAACUGCCAGACCUUCUCCUCCUCGACAGUCAUCUCGUACUCCUCCACAGACCCAGGGACACCCAAAGUCUAUCAGCAGACUAGUGAAUAUCGCACUGCUCCCGGUGGUAUCAGAGAGACGCGCCAAACGAUGCGGGACAGUCAGAGCGGGCUGGAGCGAAUGUCUAUUGGGCAUCACAUUGGCGAGAGAGGUCAUGUGAUGGAGCGCUCCAGGAACCGUCUCACAGGCGAUCGUGAAGAGAGGCAGGACUUCUUCAACCUGGAGGAGAGUGAUGCAGCUGCAUUUGAUGAAGAGUGGAGGAGAGAGGUGGGCCGGUACCGCCCCCCUACUGCCCGCAGUUUAGAUUACGGGCGUGAGCGGGGCGCAGGGGUUGGACAGCAGCUGGCCCUCACAGCACCUCCGAGCUCCUCCUCCUCUCCUUCACCCCGCCACGAGUCUCCACGCCACCAUCCUCCUCAAUCCCGCCCGCGCUACGACUGGUGAACGGUGGAGUUAUCUACCUGAUGCUGUGAAAUGAAAGGAGGAAUAGAGAAGAAAAUUAUAACCGAUGGGUCAAAUGUUUGAUAGAUCUGAACUGUCUCAAUAUGUGUAGUCAGCUUCUUACAGGAACAUGUGCUGGCAUGAGGUAUCAUAACACGGGCUGAAGAGUUUUAGAAUGCAUCCCCGUUGUGUGUAAUUCGGCCUGGUCUGUGUACUUCAUACCACGUUACUGCUCCCAAAGCAUACACACCAGCAUUCAUCAUAUUUCAAACAGCUCUUCAACCUUGUGAUAUAUACAUACACAACGACAUCUUUGUAUUUAAAUGAAUUCCCAUGCUUCCAAUAUUUCAAUAUCCAAAUAUUUAAUUAUACACUACACAUAUAUGCACACACACAUGCACACACACACACACACACAUUCACCGUAAAGUCCGUAUAUGUUUGUGUUGACACUAGGGUAUUUGUGGGUUUAACUGUACAAUGCUGACUAAUUAAACUUAUUAACUAAUAAAAAGACCUUGUUACAUCA